AUGUUGGCAUGUGGGAUUGGAGAUGCUGGUGUGCAGUCUCUUGUUAAUUCAAGUAAGAAUUUGAAAUCAUUGAAAUAUUUGGACCUUUCAUGUAAUGUAAUUACUGACAAUGGUUUGAAAAUGAUCUUAAAUUCAGAUUUUAAUUUGGAAGAAUUCUACUUGACAACCAAUAAGAUUAAAUAUACAAGUAUUAAUGAAAGGCCAAUGGAAAGUUUGAAAAUUCUCCAAUUGGAAGAAUAUUACACAGUGGAAACAGUUCAUGAUAUGCAUAUGGAAAUAUUUUAUCAAACUGGAAGGGUGCCAACAAAUGUAAACACUCCCCAAGCUCAAUCUCUGCAUGAUGUUGCACUAAUGUUGCAACAACCACAGAUUUUACAAGUUACUACAAGAGUUUCGUUAGAAAUGCUUUUGGAGAGUGCCAAGCAAGGUUCAACACAAGCUCAGUACAGAAUGGGAGGAAUAUAUUUCGUAAAAUGUGAACCAGAUUAUGGAUUUUCUCAAAACAUUGAUCUAGCCAUUGACUUUUUAAGGAAAGCAGCUGAAAAGAAACAUCCUGAAGCGACUGCUUUGCUGUCUGUUCUUUAUGAAGAAAUUGGAAAUUUGGAAAAGUCGUUUGAAUGGUGUAAGAAAGCUUCUGAACUUGGCGAUUCAUCAUCUAUGAUAAGAUUAGGAUAUAUGUACGAUAAGGGAAACGAAUUUAUUAAGGUAGACCACGUACUAGCAUUGGAAAUGUACGAAAAGGCAUUGAAAAUUGAAACCUCUUCUCAAAACUAUUAUCUUCUUGGAAGUUUGUUUCAUGAGGGAAGAUGUGACAAAUUUGGUAAAGUAAUUAUUGGACAAGAUUAUCAAAAAGCAAUGGAAUAUUAUCAUGAAUGUUUGAAACUUGAAGAAGAUAACGAAUGGGCAAAUUAUCAUUUGGGUAUAAUGUAUAAACUAGGGGAAGGUAUUGAUCAACCAAAUAACGAAUUGGCUAAAAAGUAUUUGUCGCGAGCAGCCGAGUUAGGGGAUGACACAAUAUCAGAACAAGAAUCGAAUCAGAAUUUGGAGUGA